AUGCUUUCAGAAAGCAGUUUGUUUUUGAAGGGUGUACUUCUCGGAAGCGUUUUUUGUGUCUUGAUAACUAUGCUAGGACAUAUUAAGAUUGAUUAUGGAAAGAGAACGCACCACCAUGAGCGUCACCACCUACAAGCUCCUAAUAAAGAAGAUAUCUUGAAAAUUUCAGAGGAUGAACGCACGGAACUCAGUAAAAGCUUUCGGGUAUUCUGUAUCAUCCUUGUAAAACCGAAGGAUGUGCGUCUCUGGGCUGCGGUGAAGGAGACGUGGGCCAAACACUGUGACAAAGCAGAGUUCUUCAGUUCUGAAAAUGUUAAAGUGUUUGAGUCAGUUAACAUGGAAACUAAUGACAUGUGGUUAAUGAUGAGAAAAGCUUACAAAUAUGCCUUUGAUAAAUAUAGAGACCAAUACAACUGGUUCUUCCUUGCACACCCCACUACGUUUGCUAUUAUUGAAAACUUAAAGUACUUUCUGCUGAAAAAGAAUUCGUCACAACCUUUCUAUCUAGGCCACACUGCAAAAUCUGGAGAUCUUGAAUAUGUGAGUGUGGGAGGAGGAAUUGUCUUAAGUAUAGAAUCAAUUAAAAGACUUAACAGCCUUCUCAGUAUUCCUGAAAAGUGUCCUGAAAAGGGAAGGAUGGUUAGGGAGGUAUCUGAAGAUAAACAGCUUGCAGUCUGCCUGAAAUAUGCUGGAGUGUUUGCAGAAAAUGCAGAAGAUUCUAAAGGAAAAGAUGUGUUUAAUACCAAAUCUGUUGGGAUUUUUAUUAGAGAGGCAAUGACUAAUCAUCCCAACCAGGUGGUGGAAGGAUGUUGUUCAGAUAUGGCUAUUACUUUUAAUGGGCUGACGUGUAAUCAGAUGUAUGUGAUGAUGUAUGGGGUAUAUCAUCUAAGAGCAUUUGGGCAUGUUUUCAAUGAUGUGUUGGUUUUCCUACCUGUGAAUGGUUCUGACAAUGACUGA